AUGUUUAACAACCCGCCUCCCCAACUUCACGAGGUCGCAUCACACCAGCUUGGAUGCACACUGAACGAGGUAGUUUUGACAGGCUUACCGAGCGAUGAGACCGGUCUUCGGGUUUGUAACGAGAUGGCCGGCCUUUUAAAGGACGAGGGCCUUCUUAUUGAUCACGCACCUACGAUGGUGGCUCUCAAGAACGGCGUGCGUGCUCUCGAAUGCGAUACUCAUGAGUGUCAUUACUGUGCUAAGGUCGUUCGAGCGAUGCGCGCAUUUAAGAGUGGCGACCACCAUCACGACGAUGUGCACUCCCACCUCUUCGGAGCUGACUUCCCUCCCGCACCUAAAGAUGAAGGCGAGCCACCUUAUUCCUACUAUCAUUCCUGCCGGACCAUUUGGAAGAAAAUACCUAUCAAACUCGGCGAUGAUGAGCGCAAGUGGGUGCUAUUUGAUAGGAUGAGCGGACUUCCGUGGGACGACGUCGAGGAGGACAUCACCAUGUUCGAUUUCCUUAGUGACGAUGACGAAGCUAUCGCCUGUGAGAAUUGCGGCGAGGUUCAUCCGGGAGCCAUUCCUCCCAUAGAGAUGAUGGAUCUUUACGACGACUUUUGA